AUGGCUACCAGAGCGCGCGCCGCCCCAGGGGCGUCGCUGUGGUCGGAAUUGCCCCCGGAGAUCAUCGGCGCCGUGCUCUGCAGGAUACCCUCCGCCGUCGAUCGCGUCAGGUUCCGCUCCGUCUGCCGCUCAUGGCUCGCCGCCGCGAGGUGCUACCCGCCGACCCUGCCGCCGCUCCCUCUGAUUCUUUGUCCGGGGUUCGCGCUCGCCAGCCCGUCCUUCACGGACGGCAAAGACGCCUUGGUCACCGCCGCUCACCGCCUCCCACUUCUUGGCACGCCGCUCGAGAGGGACCCCUACUUCGGCGAUUGUGUCGGCUCUUUUCAAGACUGGCUCGUUUGCACCCGGCUCUACUGGCGCACGCCGCCCUGUCCCUGGACCGGUGCCGAUGGUGAGUGUUUCUUGGUGAACCCUUUCUCCAGCGAGACCAUCCAUCUGCCCAGGCCUUGUGCCUCCCAUUCAUGCGGCAAGAUUCAGAGCUCUGUUCCUCUCUGCAAUGGCGAGGGCGAGGUCAUCUGCACUAUACAUGCGCCUGAAUAUGCAAUGGCACUGGUCAAAGUAGUUCUCUCCGCGCCACCUGGCACUGCCCCCAGCUCUUGCACCGACAAAAACCUGGGUUCCACUUGCAUCGCCGCUGCAAUCUCCCGGAGAAACGGAGAAUAUAAGCUUGCCUUCUGCAGGCCAGAAAUGCAAUCAUGGUGCAUAUGCGAGGGCAACUGCAUCAAGAGCUGCGUUGACAUUGAGUUCUACCAGGGGAAGCUCUACAUUGUGGACAUCAGCACCGGAGAUCUCUUUGCCUUUGAGUUCAAGGCACCUCCUGAUCGCUCCUUUCCAGUUGUAUCACGCGCCGAGCACUGUCUGAUAGAGAAGCUGCCCUUAAUGGAUGGUAGUGACCGCCGAAAAUACAAUAUUGUGCAGUCUCAUGGAAAGCUAUUGCUGGUUGCCAGAUACUUCACAGGAAGCUGGGAUCAAUUCACUGGAGUUAGAGUCUAUGAAUUGGACUUCAGUUCAGAUCCAUGGAGAUGGGUAGAAAUGAAGGGCUUGGGCGGCGACAGUAUUCUUAUCAGCUCAUCCUGCAGCAACUCAUUCCCUGCCUCUCGGACUCGGUAUCAUCAGAUUGAUCAUGACCGCAUCUAUUUUCUUGAUCCCUUUUGCCCCAAUUUCUCCCACCAGGUGCCGGGAAACUAUUCCUAUCGUUCUCAAGUGUACAGCAUUAGAGAUGGAAGGAUCUAUCCGUUUCUUAUUGAUACAGGACCAAUGAAAGGUGUUCCGGGGCAUCCCGUGUGGUUCUGCCCUUCUCAGUGAGAUGCUACACCACAAACGCAAACAUAUCAAGCUUUCUGAAUCAGAAAAGAUUGGUCCUGGAGAUCAUGUGGUCUUCGAAGUGGGCCCUUAAUAAGAAGCACAAGUUGCACAGCUCCAGUUGUUUCUGUGCGAAUAAUGCUGCAGAAGUAGUGUAAUUUUCUCUAACCUUUUUUUUUCGCGGGUAACUUUCUGUAACCUGGAAUGUUCUGCAUACUUUCUUCUGCACUCUGUGCAGUAAACCAUUAACCUUUUUCCCAGCCAGAUGUCUGGACAUGUGCAGUAGUGCAGUACAAGUGUACAACUUGUCAAGAUGUACAUACUUUGGUAUU